CACACAAAGCGGCGACGGAUACGGAAGCCAUGUUGAUGACGGUCGUCAAGCGACAUUUCGAAUUACCUUUCGGGAAAUACGCUUAAAAGUGGACCCUGCAAUUCGAAAUUCACGCCAAAAAAAAAGUAAGAUAACACGAUGUCAACGGGCGAUUUUCAAACGAAGUACACCUCCUUCAUGGAGAGUGUCAUGAGGAAUACUAUCGCCGAAACUACCAAACUUUUUGAAACAAUGGUUGAGGAAUUAAAGGCUGAAUUGACUAAAGUCAAGAUAGAGAACGAGGCGCUGAAAAGAACAUGCAGGCAAAUGGAGGAUGUGAAAACGCGGGCGACCCGUGUGUCCCGACAAAGUGGUGGUCCGAAGAUGUUCGACACAGCCGUUCAAUGUGACAUUCUUCCAGGCUAUCCUUUGCUGGAAGUGCAUCCAGUCGGGCAAAGCACAGAUGAACAACAUGAACACUCUAAUCAAGAAGACUUUGGGUACACGCUCCUGAAGGACCACGACUAUGAUGUUGCAAAAUAUAAAAAUUCAAAGCUGACGCUUUCGCUUUCAGACCACGAGGAUUCUGAACCCUUCAUAGUUAGCAGCAACACAUUUUGUGAAGUUGCAGAUUCACCACCAUACUCUGCUUGUGGGAAUGAAACCGAAGCCCCAGAGUUUGACCAGCAAUGUUUAAAGAGGGACAUCAAAGAAAAACACGAGACUGAAGUGGCCAGAGUCCUGGAAGAGGAUCACAAUGUAUAUGAGGCACAGAAUCAGUUAAUAGAGCCAGUAAAUUAUCUAUAUUCAGUUGUUAGAAUAAGUAAUAACAUGGAGGUAGCACCCAGUGGUGAUCAAAUAUUAACUAAAUUGGGGUCCCAAACAUGUUCUAGUCUGAUGAAAGAGCCCUUGGGGGCAUCAAAGGUUAAAAUUCAGCAACCAUCAAAUGAGGAAAUGCCAGUACAUGAACAAGCAUAUGUCACUAUGGAGCUAAACACUGGUGUUCACCUUCCAGUGGAGCAGAAAGUUGAGUCAACACGACUGGAUAAACUAUUAGGAGAGCAAAUGAAAUGUGGCUUGACAGAAGAUAACAGAAAUGACAGAAAACAGCCCUCAGAAAAAUUGAAAUGCCUGCAAAAGACCCCAAUGACCCCACCUUUGGUAUCUUCAACUGGUGCUGUUGGUCCAUCACAUUUUGAAGUGAGGAAGUCACCUUCCAAUUGCAAAGAGGUCACGUCUUCAUGUUGGAUUGUAGAUGUCUCUCCAGAUAAGCCACAAAAAGCUGUUGUUAUUGUUUUGCCAUCAUUGGAAAAGAGAGCAAGCACAGCAUCAGAAGACAUAGAGGAGCAUAACAAUGGACCUCAUAUUGUUUCAGUAUUAUCUUUGUCAGAACUAGGUUUGCCUUCUGUUUCUGAACAUACCUGCCUAGACAUGAAAGAAGCUUUGCUUCAUGCCCAUCCUGACAUUCCAUCUGCAUCAAAGUUGUUAAACAACCGGAUGGCUUUAUCACUACAAUCAAGCUCACAUCAGCUCAGGGAAAGCAGCACCUCUGUUGCGCUUCAAGAUGCAGUGCUACUCGUUGAAGCAAUGGAUCAGUCCACAAAGAAUGAUACCUCCCUUCAAGAAAAGGCAACAGCCCAAGACCAGUGUACUUUCUCUGUUGCCUUACCGUCUGUGGUCCAAUCUUCAUUACCUCCCCAAGCAUCGGCAUUGCAGUCUCCACUAAGUGACGAUGCAGAAGAGGUGUUACCAAACAAGAAACUUUUUUUCACCUUUUCAACAGAAUCCAGAAAUUCUCAGACACACAUUAGAGUUCCAACAGUGCCCCAUCAACAUGGUGUUCAGACUUCUAAUAUGAUUACAUCUACAUCAUUGCUCACUGCUCCAGCAAGCAAAUCACAUGAGCCAUUAGAGACACUGAUGGUCUCAGACCCUGUCCCAAAUAAAAUCUUUUCGUCUAAAUCACCAUCCACUCAUCCACCAUGCACGAUUACCCCACUGUCUCCAAACCAGAUUUCAGCUGUUGUGUCAACAGUUGCUGGCACCCAUGGUAAGUCCACCUCUUCGUCUUCAGAAAUUUCUCAUGGAAAAAAUGAAGUUACAUUCACAACAGCUGCUCCCCUUGUCAUGUCCGACCCAACAAUACAAAGGACAGGUCCAAUACCACAAAAACAAAUAAAAAUUAUAAUUCCCAGAGGUACAGCCGUUGUGGCAGGGCAACCACAACUGUCUGAGACACUAGUUGCGGCGACUGAUCAGAAUUCAGUUGGACCACAUCUCACUGUGCCAUCAUCACACAGGUUUGCUCAAAUGAUAAAAGAUGAAAAGGAAAUACCACUGCCAGCUGUAUCAAAACCAAUUAUUUUGUCCGCAUUGUCAUCCCCAAAACUUGAAUGUUCAUUGCAGCCAAUCAGCAUUUAUGAAAAUAUUCAAAUAACUCCUGGGCAUCAAAUAUCAGCAUCAUCAAGUAAGAGUGUAGAAAUGGACUGUUUUCCACGAGCCCCAUCAGUCAAACUAAUAGAGGUGCCACAUCUGGCAUUGUCCAGAAAAUCAGUUUUGGUUUCAGAACUGCUUUCUCACAGAAGGGAAUCUGAAGUUGUCCCAGUACACAGAACCUCAUCCUUGGUCAAUGACCAUGCAUCAAAAGCAACGUCCUGUCCAGUGGAGCUGUCUUUGAUAUCAACCAGCAUGUUUCCCAGUUUCAAAGAAACUUCCGUUGCUGAAACUGUAAAUUUCUCUUCGAUAUCAAAGAAGUCAUCAUCAUACUCAGGAUUUAUAGAAGAGCGAGCCACUUGUUUGUCACCCUUUACACAUUCCAAUGUGUCCAAACCAGUCUUGGCGAAUUCAGCAGUUGAUUUUCCGACGGCUGCGUAUUCAGCUGAAUCUCAUCGAGCACAUGAAACUCCUUUACCUCUGGAUGAGAAUAUUAUCAACAAUGCAGAGCAGAAUUGUGGUUCACAAAAUGAUUAUCCUAACCCUUUACAGCUACCCUCCAUCACCAAGGACAUAUCUGAACCUCAUUUACAAUUGACAAAAACUCAGUUCCUUGCACAGCUGGCAGUGUCACCUGUUGUCCAAGAUACCCAAAAGGUUUUAACAAUUGAGUCUACAGAUGUCCAAAGCGUGUGUAAAGCCACCAGUACCAUUGGCGGGAGGAAGUCUCCGAAAAAUUCCAUUGUUGCCUGUCUGCGAUGUCAGUUCAAAAUGGACUCUCAAACAAAAAGAAUAAAAACAACCCCAGAACCACUGACAGACCAACACCAUCCCACUGAGAGACAAAGAUUACAGAACAAUAGUACUCCUGAACAAGAGUCCACCAAUGACCUUAUUCAUGUUUGUACAAAUUCAGCCAAUUCCGUGAGUCCCACAGGGAUGCUAUCAGACACUGACUUUUUCCAAGAAAGUCCCGGGACCCACGAAAGUACCAAUAUCUGGUCAACUGAAAGUAGGACUGCAUUUGAGCCUGUUUCUGUUACCCCUCAAAACCUAGCUGUAAGUAAGUCCAGUCCAUCUCCAAAAAACACUACAGACGGCACUUUAAUUAUCCCGUCAAUGGGACAAGAUGAAAUAAAUGUCAGCCAUAUCAACCCAAAUGAACAUGCAUUGAAUUCUGACACUAUAAAAAUGGGAGAUACUAUUGAACACAUUCUAAUAAACUCUAAAAGUCCCUUAAUUGCUCAAGAUAGUGCAAGCAAAACAUGUGAAUUUACUAUCCAUCCACAGUCAAACUCAACCACCGAUACAACUGACAUGAAAAAUAAGAAAUUAUCCCCGCCAAGUAGUUUUCCAUUCAACCCAUGUCCCACUGAUGCUGUCUCUGAAAAGUCAGGAGAGUCUUGUCAAAGUCCCACAUCAAGUUUAAGUAUAGAUAAAUCUCUUACACAAACAAUCUCUGCUGUGAUCUCCAGAAAGCUGAGCACAAAUAAAAAUGGAAAUAGCCAAAAUAAGUUAAAAGCCAUGACCGUGUGUCUCAGGUCAAGUAGAACUCGAGUUACCACCACCCCUCUAAAGACUAAAUUUCCACCUGGCGGUCCGAAGGGGUGUUUGUCUGCUAAGGAAAAUGCUAGUAAUAAAAAGACCCGAUUACAUUGUCAUCGGGAUCAGUCGUCCCAUACAAAAAAAUCCCCUUCUCCUUCACCUCCACCCAAAACGAGAUUAAGUAGAGAUUCUCCAUGCCCCAAAAAGUUCCAAUUACCUCCGGUCAGUCAGAAUGAGUGCAGUAUGAUUAAAAAUGUUUCCAGCCCUAUAAUGCCUUACUGUGAAUCUCUCAGGAGUUGCAGCUUUGCUGAAGAAGAGCCUACCACCAAAAACAUGAAAAGAAAAUCUAAUUCGUUAUUUGGGAAAACUGUUGCUGCAAGUGCUGCGUGGCCCAAACUGGCUAAAAAUACUGCAAGUUCAAGUGAUGCUGUAGAAAGUGCUGCUAAGAAAUCUAGAUUGAACCAAACGUGUACUGUUUCAGAAAAUAAUGUAAAGGUACAAAACGCAAAGCAGUUAUCCAAAGCAGCAAAAGCUACAAAUGUAACUAACAUCAGGCUAACUAAAUUAAAAAAUAAAAAGCAAGUAAUACAGCACAAUACCGGUGAUGAAAUUGGAAAUAAAUAUACUCCUCAGCUAGUGCUGACUACCCCUAAAACGCGAGCCAGCGAAGCAACCUCAUUCAGAGAAACGAGGUUAUCAGUUUCACCUGUUCAGAGACAGACACGAUCUCGGAAUCGUUCAGUAGUAUCUCCCCCAAAUCUUUCUGUCAAAAGCCCGCCUAUCGUAUCACCACUGCAGCCUCUAGCAGUCAUUGGUGAGCGGCUGCUGAAGAACCAGUGUGGGGAAUGUGGCCGUAUUCUCAGCAGCAACGCUGCUCUUGAAAGCCAUGUCAGUCUCCACACCGGUCACAGACCAUUCUCUUGCACACUCUGUGGAAAGAGCUUCCCUGACUCCAAGGGUCUGAAACGACACGGCAGAGUGCAUCGCAAUGGUAGGAUCCAUAUCUGUCACCAGUGUGGGAAGGGUUUUGUCUAUGGCUUUGGCCUCACCAAACAUCUCCAGAUGGUACAUGGGAAAGUCAAGCCCUUUGCGUGCCAGAUCUGCAACAAGGCAUUUUUCACAAAGCGAGAUGUAGAGGCCCACACGCGAAUCCAUACAGGGGAGAAACCAUUUCUCUGUCAUCUAUGUGAAAAAAAGUUUACCAGGAAAGUUGAACUCAAUGUGCAUCUUCGGUGGCAUAAUGGGGAGAAAAGACACUGGUGCCCAUUUUGUGGGAAAGGAUUUUUAGACUACAACAAUAUGAAAAGACACAAGUAUAUCCAUACUGGGGAGAAACCACAUUCUUGUCCACACUGCCCCAAACACUUUACACAGUCUGGACACCUGAAAAAGCAUGUUAAAAAUGUACAUAAGGUCAAAUGAGAGAGAGACCCUGCAAGUUAGCUUCUUUCAAGGUCCCAUGCCACACCGAUUUCGUGUGUAUAUAUGUUUGUACGUAUGUAUUUAUUUAUUUGAUCAUAUUUGAGCUUUUAUUAUCUUUGCAAGAUAAUUUGGGUUGUAAAUGCCCUUUUUUUUAAGGGCUAUUUCAGUCCAAAACACCUGGUGGAUAAAAUAUCUGGAUUUCUCGUUAUUUGCUAAGUAAAUGAGCUUUCCUUUUAUUGGA